CUUCCGGCGUCCUCCUCCGGGCGGUCAUUUUGGCUGCUCGGGUGUGUUCAUCCCUACAGAAGUUCGGGAGCGCUGAGUCGGGGCGGCCAGCACAGGACCGAGGAAGGGUCAAAGGCUUCUUUGUUCCAGCUGCACAAAGGCGAGUGUGAGGCUCGGCCGCGGCGUCGCGCGAGAUGAUACGCACCCGGGCCGGUUUAAGGACCGCCGGCCCUCUUCCUGCCCCGUUCCGCCCACAGGCCUGGAUGGCGGCGGCCGCGCCGAUGGACCCGGUUCAGAUACAAGCAGUAAGUCCAGUACGUUCUCAGCAAUAGACUUUCAUCUGGAUUUUCUGAUGAAGCCAGAGCCACAUGCCCCAUCCUGAACCUGGAUGUUCCAGUGUGGAGCACCCUUGCUGAGCCCUGCGGAGUUGUGGGAGCUGCAUCGCCCAAAGGACCUUGCGCUGGUGAAGUCACGUCAGCCUGGAGCCAAUGAAGGUCCAGGACAAGGGCAUUUCUGUUGGUGCCAUCGUGUUAGGGCAGAACUUCUUGUGUCUUCGUAGUGGUGGUCUGUUUCCAAUUCAGAGGUUCCGGAGCCCUGGGUCGUGUCCGAGGUGACAGACCGAGGAGAGUCUGAGGUGUUGGGCCACUCCUGGCCCAGCUCCGCCUGCAGAGUCCAAUGGCGGCAGCCACACUGACGGACAAGCCUCAGGGUAGUGUGACCUUUGAAGACGUGGUUGUGUACUUCUCCUGGGAGGAAUGGGGUCUCCUUGAUGAGACUCAGAGAUGCCUGUACCACGAUGUGAUGCUGGAGAACUUUGCACUUGUGACCUCACUGGGUUGUUGGUAUGGAAUGGAGGAUGAGGAGGCUUUUUCUGUGCAGAGUGUUUCUGUAGAACAAAUGUCACUGGGCAAGACUCCAAAUUUGGAUCCAUCCAUUCAGAAGACUCACCCCUGUGAGAAGUGUGACAUGGCUGGGAGAAACAUUUUGUACCUAGCUGAGUACCAAGGAUUGCAUCCUGGACAGAAAUCAUACACCUGUGAGGCAUGCAGCAAACAGUUCUGGUUCAGCCCAAACCUUCACCAGCACCAGAAACACAGUGAAGAGAAGCCAUUCAAAAGGGAUGUAGAUAGGGCCUCAUUUGUGAGGAGUUACAAAUUCCAUGUUUCAGGGAAGCCCUUCACUUGUGAAGAUGUUGGGAAAGAUUUCCUAGCUGUGUUGAAUCUUCUCCAGCAUCAGGCUACUCUUAAAGGGGUGAAGCCACAUAGCAGCUUCGGGUAUGGGGAGCCUUUUCAUGGUGGAAAAAGUCAUUACAAGUACAGUGAGUAUGAGAAAUUGUUCAGCUAUGAAUACACACUUUAUCAGCAUCAGCAAAUUCACACUAGAGAAAGUUACUGUGACUAUGAUGACUGUGAGAAACCUUUUAACCAAAGCUCCACUGUUACUGAUUGCCAGAGAGCUCACACAGGAGCAAGGUCUUAUGAGUGCAACGAAUGUGGGAAAUCCUUUAGCCAAAGCUACAGACUCAUUCAACACCACAGAAUUCACACUGGCGCAAGGCCUUAUAAAUGCAAUGUAUGUGGGAAAGCCUUCAGCUACAAAUUAAGACUUGUGCAACACCUACAGAUUCACACUAAAGUGAGGCCUUAUGAGUGUGGCGAAUGUGGGAAGUCCUUUAGCUACAGCUCUACUCUCAUUAAACACCAGAGAGUUCACACUGGAGCCAAACCUUACAAGUGUGGUGAGUGUGGAAAUUCCUUUAGCCAAAGUUCCAACCUCAUUCAACACCAGAAGAUUCACAGCGGGGCGAGGCCUUAUAAAUGCAGUGAAUGUGGAAAAUCUUUCAGCUACAAAUGCAAACUUGUGCAGCACCUGCGAAUUCACACUGGAGAACGGCCUUACGAGUGUGGCGAAUGUGGGAAAUCCUUUAGCCACAGCUCUACUCUCAAUCAACACCAGAGAAUUCACACUGGAGCAAGACCUUAUAAGUGUGAUGAGUGUGACAAAUCCUUUAGCCAAAAGUCUAAUCUCAUUCAGCACCGGAGAGUCCACACAGGAGAAAAGCCUUAUGAGUGUGGGGAAUGCGGGAAAUCCUUUAGUCAAAGCUCCCACAUCAUCCAACACAGAAAACUUCAUACCAGAUAACCUCAUGAAUGCAAUGACUGUGAGAAAACCAGCUGCAGCCAGUGUUCUUUAUCUCAACAUGAAAAGUUUAUAGCAAAUUUGGGAAAACCUUAAUGUAAAGGUCUUUCUGUCCAUCUGUGGGGAGCAUGGGUUUUCGUUGCUUGGCAUAAUAGAACUAGAGAGGCUUUGUGCUUGAUGGUGGAACCUCAUAUAUCAGUCAUCCACAGUGGGAACAUUGUAGGUUUGUGGUAUUCUUUUAGGAGAUUUUUUACAUAUAUGCUACUGCUGGCUCCCUUGCCUGAAUUAUGUCCCAUCCAGUUUCUGCGGCAGAAGCCUCACCUCCACCUCCUAGCCAGUCCCAGGUUCCAACAGUAUGGCCGUCAGAGAAGGCACAUGUCUCUUCCCUACAGAGUAGGAAUAAUUGUUUUUUGUUUUUUGUCUUUUCUAGGGCUGUUCCCACAGCGUAUGGAGGCUCCCAGGCUAGGGGUCGAAUCAGAGCUAUUGCUGCUGGCCUACGCCAGAGCAACAUGGGAUCCAAGCCACAUCUGUGACCUCCUACGAGCCACGAUGGGAACUCCUCCAGAGCAGAAAUAAUUUUCAGGGAUGCCUCAUUCCCUCUCCUCUAAUUAGGUCUUGAUCCUGACCCAGUUUUAGCAAAGAUCACUCUGUGUGUGUAAUGUUAGCACCAAAAGAUUUGCCCUUUUCCAGUUGUGGUCUAACUUGCAUUGCUGACAAUCAUGUGCCUUCUAUCUAGAGUUGUAUUUUCUGGUGUCACCGCUUGUAACACUACAGGGGUGAGGCUGAAAUCUUAAUUCAUACAGAAACACAGGAUGUGAUUAACUUGCACUGGAAGGCACCAUGGCAAGAGAGGAUGUACCUCCACAUCCCAUGUUCCUCCUGUAGUUGAGGUUUUUGUCAGAGCUCUGUUUUUUCUUGUAGCCUUUGGAUUGUCCACCUCAAGGAUACUUGCUGCAUUGACAAGAAAUGAGAAUAGACAGAAGGGAGACCCUGUAAUAAGCCCAGGAUAUAGCUUUUGUGACCCUACAACUGUUCCUGCCAACUCAGAUGAAAUAUCUUUGCCAGUACUUCCUUCCCCUAAAUACAGGGCUGCCCCUCCCAAGGUUGCUAAACCUGCAGUUGUGAAAAAAGGAGAAUCAGAUUUCUGUUUGAACAGGUUUUUAUAUAUAUAUACCUAUAACAAAUUUUAUUCAGGUAUAUUUGAUUUAAAAUGUAUAAUACAAUUAGUUUUUGGUUUGGUUUGGUUUUGGCUGCACCUACAGCAUCUGGAAGUUCCCGGGCCAGAGAUGGAUCAUUAUUAGCCUGUUGUGCAACAAGGGAUUAUGAUUAGAAUCCAUAAAAGUAUUUACUUUUUAAAAAUUGUGCUUUCCUUCCUGCUACAUAAUUAUUUUGUGAUUCAUAAAUGUUACUUAUUGUAAAUACUUCAUCCUUAUUACAACUGAGUAUUAUCCUGUGUAGUAGAUAUACCAAGAUUGGUUGAUUUGUUUACUCACUUGCCAGCUUGUUUCCAGUUCUUGGCUGUUUACAAAUAAAGCCUUAUGUAAACACAA